AAGAAAAGUUGCAUGUCAACAUAUUUGAAAUAAAAUUUUCCGAAAAAAAAUCUGACUUUAAAUAAUAACUCUUCUACAAUACCCGAAGCAACAAGUUUUAUCUGUAGAAUUUCUCAUUUAUUUUUAUAAAUCAGUUUCUUGUCUUACUACUUAGACCGAUGGAUUUACAUCAAUUGAAACAAAAUAUUGAGAUGAGCAAUUAUGAUGAAAACAUAUUUGAAUCUCAACGUGAUGUGAUGAUAAUGUUUACAAAUGCAUUGUAUUUUUAUGCUCCUGGUGAUGAAGUCUAUGUUCAUACACUUGAAACACUAUCAUUAGCGCAACAACUGUUACAGCCACGAUCUAGAGAAAACUUUUCUGACGCAACACCUGAAUCUUCCAGCGGAGAAGAAGAUGAGUAUCGCGACGACCAAUCGGUACGAGAAAUUGAUUUUAGUACUACGGAGAUGACACAAAAUGUUGGUGAUAUUAUGAAACUGUGUCAAGAAACUUGUAACAUUAGAUAUUUGAGCACAUUACUGUACAUGUCACUAAGACAUUUCAAUAUUCCAACAACUGCGCUCGACGUAUUUAUGAGUAGUAUAGGUGCUUACAACAGAAAGACUUCUCAUAAGUGGUCUGACGUUUUCUUAAACCAAUCUCUUGAUGAGUUUCUACUUGAUCGUCGAGGCGGAAAAGGAGGGGACGGAUUUUACGACUUAUAUCCUGAAAUUGAAAUUGAAGCACGUACAUUUACAGUUGAAGCUUGUGGCCGAAAAGCCGCAAGUUUUACUGUGCAAGAGUUGGCUGAAUUUAUUGACUCCAAAUUCUACGAACUUUAUGAUCUGAAAAAAACUAGUACCGGUUUGAUUCGUUCAGUUGAAAGUGUUCGUCUUGAUAUGAGAAAAUGGGGCAUUAAUUAUUCGGCAAACGGUUUGAGACCCUAUUUUAUUGGCCACGAACGUCAGGAUGUCAUCGAACACAGGGGAAGAAUAAUUGAUUAUUUUUUGGCACGCGAGAAAAUGUACUAUCGACUCACAGACGAUGAUCAGCCGGAGUGGAUAAAACCGACCUCCCCUAAUCCAGUCAUUUUGAUUACGCGCGAUGAGUCCUCAUUUCGUAGCGGCGAAAUUAGUAAUAAGAGAUGGAUAGUGGGUGAUACGGCUCCUUUUCAUAUCAAAGGACGGGGCAAAACGUUGAUGAUUUCUGACUUUAUGGUAGCACACGACUCGGGACCGUUUUUUCGACUGUCUGAUCAGGAGUACGCCGACGCCGUUAAGAAAUUUCCAGACUUAGAAGAUGAUGAAGGAUUACGUUACGAAAAGAACUCGGCUACAGCUUCCAUUGCCAUUGGUACUGAUACAUAUUUUGACAACGACACAAUUUUGUCACAAUUUGAGAGACUUUUCAAACUGCUUCAAUUUAAAACGGACUACAAAGGACAUGAUAUUGAAAUUCUAGUCGACAAUGCAACGACACAUUCGAAAAAAGACUAUUCUAUUUCAGGCUUUUCCAAGAAAAUAGGGACUCGUUGUGAAGUACAAUCGAUCGACUGGUUAGAUGAUAACAACGACUUUCACACAUUAAAUUGUUUCUUUACGAGUGGUCAGUAUAGCGGAAAAAAUGUCAGAAAACACAGUGAACAAUCAUUCCCAAAAAUGAUCGAGUUAGUUGAAGAAGCAUGUCAGCACUUUCAAGAUAAAAAAAUUGAUCGUAAACUCCGACGGCGUUUUUGGCGCACAUUACAUGCUUACAAUGAUGGCCAGGACUAUAAACAGGCAGUAACACACACAAUGGAUGAAGUAAACCGAAUAAUGCAAUUGGUUCGAGAGCGAAUAUCUAAAGAACUUCCAGUUUCGCCAUCACUUACUCCAUUUCAAGAGGAAGAGCUUGCUGAUCAAUUAUUCAAUGUAUUUGAGUCAAUACGGUCAAGUACUGCGUAUAACUACGAGCACGAAAUAACUUUGGCUCACAAUACAUCAGACAUUGAAAUGGAUGGAUGUGAGGAAGAUCCUGCUGAUGCAUCUGAAAAUCAAGAUUAUGAAGAAAAAGACGAAGAACCGGUGUUUGAAUCAUUUUCUCUGUCGUACAUGAAACGAGCGCUUGAUUAUUAUGAUGCAAUUAACCCAAAAACUGGAAAACGGUCGCACACGUAG